UAUCACGGACUUUCCUUCGGCUUCCUCUUCAAGUUUCGCAUCUUUUCCCUCGCUCUUCCCGCUGUCCGAACAAACCGUCCACGGUCCCACCUGGGCCUGGCUCUGAAGAUUCUACCUGAAGUCAUGAGAAGGCAUGGCGUGAAUCGCAGAGGCAUAUGAAAGAGAAAUGAACAAGACAAGACUUCAAGAGCUGUGCCACAGAAAGCGGUGGAAUCCACCGGAGUACUCGACCAGAAAGGACGGGCCACCGCACAACCCCACCUUCACUGCCACUGUUACCGUUGGCGGCCUCAGCUUUCCUACCGACCAUCCCGCUCGCUCCGCCAAAGAGGCUCAGAGCAAUGCCGCUGGCCUCGCCAUCCAGUACUUAACUGACCCCAAACCCCCGCCACUUGCUGAUUCUUCGAGUGCGAUCACUGAUGUAAAGAACAUACCUGCCACCAAAGGGACAUCACAGCCUGAGAUACAAGCAACAUCUCAAUCUCAUCAGGCUCAUGAAGCAUUCUUGGUUACUAGAGAUGAUAAGAAAUUAGAUUCUUCAAGUGCAAGCAAUAUUGUCAAUAAUGUACCUGCCACCAAAGGGACAUUGCAGGUGCAGAUACAAGAAACAUGUCAAACUCCUGAAGGUAUGCAACAUUUGUACAAGACCCAACUGCAAACUUAUGCUCAAAAAAGAAAUCUCCCUCUACCAAUGUAUUCUUUUGAAAGCAUUGGCCCCUCUCAUAACUGUCGCUUCAAGUCUAAGGUUACAAUUGAGGGACAAACCUAUGAGAGUCCAGAUUUUUUCCCCACAUUAAAGGAUGCUGAACAUGCAGCUGCAAAAUUAGCUUUGAUGUCAUUAUCUCCAGCUGGAUUUCAGGAGGAUGAUUAUGGUGUCUACAAAAAUCUCUUGCAAGAAAUGGCUCGAAAAGAAGGUUAUCAGUUACCAGUUUAUAGUACGGAAAAAUCUGGUGUAUCCCAUAUGCCAACAUUUCUUUCAACUGUGGAAAUAGAAGGAGAAACUUUUGAAGGUCAAAAAGCAAAAACCAAGAAGCUGGCAGAGAUGAAUGCAGCGAAGGCUGCUUACACCUGUCUUAAAGAGCGUAGAUCAAAUUUGAACCAUAAAUCUCUUUCCCCUUCUGGCCAAGAAUUGAGAGGUGUUGAGUCCUCAUCUUUCAACUCGGAAUCAAGUGGAACGGCUGAUUUGCAACAGAACAUUAUAUCAAAGCUUACUCUAGUUUUAAAACCGAGUGCAGCUGAACAAACUUUGGAUAGAGGUGGAUCAGGUCAGAAGCUCAAGUCUCCUUCGAAAGCAGUUGAGUUCCCAUCUUCCAGCUCUCCAUCAAGUGGUGUCACUGAUUUGCCACAGAAAGUCAUACCCCAAUCCACUCUGAUGUUAUUAAACCAGAGUACAAUUUUUGCUGAACAAGAUGAGGAUAGAGAAGUACAAAUGGAUCCAGCUACCAGAUCUUCAUACGCCCCGUCUUCGCCUCAAAACGAUAAUUCAUCCCCUCCUACACUUUCUGAGAACUACAUUGAUUUGGUGCCACCAGAAGGGAACGAAGAUUCAGCCUGCGAUAAGGUAAUUGUUUUUCCAAGCACAUCAAAGAUAUCAAAACCUCUUCCUGCUAAAGCCAUCCGAAGGCCUGUAGGCGAAGAGUGGGAUUCCGUCAAGUUCAGUUUAGAAGCGAAACAGUAGCUAAUUUGGUAAACCCACAAAUUUCAUUUCUUAUUGUUGUCUUGUUCUAUGAACUCUAAACCAUGGAGAAUUAUCAAAGGUUUACUACAUAGUUGAUAGAGAUCUGUUUGGGCGUUUCACUUCAUUUUGCAGCAGCAGUAGUAGAAGUAAAUUUCUGUUUGAAAAA